AGUCUGUCGGUCACGUGACGGCAACUUGCCCAAUGCCUGAAGAAAUUCAGUUCGUCGUAGUCAGAGAAACGUCACACGUCAAGCUACAAUCAGCUUGAAAAUUGAAUAAGUGUUGUGUUAAAAGUAAAACAGUGAGUGGUUAUUUGUAUAUUUUGAGAACUGGUAACAACCAUUUUCUGAAAGCAACCGUUUAUUUUGUAAAAUGACCCGAUGAGUGUUAUCGGGCACGAAACGUCGUCGUACGAUGCCGAGUAGCCCAGGCGGCUCUUACAGCUCCCUAGCGAGCAACAACGAAAUUUACAGGCCCACGACAGUAGCCAGCUGUCAGAAUUCUGGAUUUCUGGACGGCUUCAAGAAGGCCCUCCAGUUCGUUUCUGGUGGAAGCGCCCCAGCGGUGGUCUCGAGAAGGGAUGAUUUUUUGGUGGAGGAGCCGGCGGCGAGGUCGACUGUGAUCUCAAGGACAGAUAGCGUGAACACAAACACGAAUAAGAAAAUGCCUUCUUCCGGUACAAUUGCAGAAGAAGCAGCCCUUUUGGGCACGAUGCCCUCCGACAGCAUGGAUGACAUAGAGCUGAAGAACAUCCAGCUUCACUUUCCUGCCUCGAGGACGUUGUCCAGGAUCGCGGAAACCAUGCAGGAGGAGAUGGUGGAGACGGACCGGGGCACCGUGAUGGUGGCAACCCAGGGUUACAGGAACAAACCUGCCAUCGUGACCUACCACGAUUUGGGACUUAACUAUCUCUCCAGCUUCCAAGCGUUCUUCAACUACAUCGACAUGCGAGCCCUCAUAGAGAACUUCUGCGUGUACCACAUCAACGCCCCUGGACAAGAAGAAGGGGCUCAAACUCUUCCAGAAGACUACAUAUACCCAACGAUGGACGAGCUCGCCAGCCAGGUCAGCUACGUCCUGACCCAUUUCGGAAUCAAGCAGUUCAUAGGAUUCGGAGUGGGCGCUGGAGCCAACAUCUUGGCCCGUUACGCUCUCAUCUAUCCAGAAAGGGUCUCGGCACUCUGCCUGAUCAACUGCACCAGUACAACGGCCGGUUGGAUCGAGUGGGGCUACCAGAAACUGAACGCAAGACAUCUGAGGUCGAAAGGCAUGACGCAAGGCGUCUUGGACUACCUGAUGUGGCACCACUUCGGCAGGAACACAGAAGAGAGAAAUCACGACCUAGUGCAUGUGUACAAGACCUACUUCGAGCGAAACGUCAACCCGACGAACCUGUCCCUCUUCAUGGACAGCUACGUCAGACGUACAGAUCUCAACAUUCACCGCGACGUUGACCCCUCCAAAAACAAGGAAUCCACCCUGAGGAUGCCGGUCAUGAACAUCACCGGCUCUCUAAGUCCCCACGCCGACGAUACCGUCACUUUCAACGGCAGACUGGACCCCUCCAACUCUUCCUGGAUGAAAAUCUCGGACAGCGGGAUGGUGUUGGAAGAACAGCCUGCCAAGGUCAGCGAAGCCUUUCGGUUAUUCUUGCAGGGAGAAGGCUAUGUUGCUCCACUAUCUCCAACGAAAAUGGCCCUCUAUCGCAAAAUGUCCUUGGAAGAACUCCUCAAGUCCAAAAUGUAUUCCGAGAAGCAGUGGCCUCACAUCAUCCACAUCACUGAAAAUCCCAUUUCAGCAGUCGUUUGUUAAAUUAGAAAGUAUAAAACUGUAUUGAAAUUUAUGAGCAGACUGUAGAUAGAACAUAGGGAGAGUAAUGUUAUUUAAUUUUUGAAAUUUCAACGCUUUUCGCGUAUAUCUAACGAAUAUUCCUUAAACGACCCUUAUGAGCUGGCGAACAAUCUCGCGCAACGACUAAACGAAUGAAGAAGAUUUACGUGGACCACAGAAAGAUGCUUUCGCGCCUUGGUAGCCUUUUUGGGGCCCUUAUUUCCAAAAUCUUGUUUCUUUGUCUUACCCGCCUGCCUCAAGGGAGUAUUGUGCGCCAAUUCAUUUGGGAAGGAGCCUUUGCAGCAUGUGAUAUGAAAAAAUUAUGGGUAAAUAAACGAGACCAGGUCUUCGUACACUAUUAAGCUUAUUUUUAUAAUUAGCUGAGUUGUUUUCGCGGAAUUGAUAAUUUAAGUGAUCAAACCACUUGGGAGUGGUGUUUGGUGGUCCUCGAGAUCAAUGUGAUACGAAUCAAUCUAAAUUUCAAUACAGGUCAAGGCCACUGCCCUGAGAAGCACACAUAUCCCUUUUUUAACGAAUCUAUGAUUUCUCAGAGGAACUCUAUGGUCAGUGUCAACCGCGCUUUUUGUUCUUCUUCUUUCUUCUGAUUAUCCAUUCGUUUUGCAAAAAUUGAAGAAGAGAUGUCUUACGUUUUGCUCUCUGGAUGACAUCCCAUCGAGUUCUUCUGGCAGAAUCCCCCAGCGAUUUGUUACAGCCACAAGUUAACCAAUUUUUAUAGAGCCUGUAGCUGAUGCGACGAUUUGUCGGCUUGAGAGGGCGAACCCACAGACAGACUUGUAGAAUCUCAUUGAAAUUAGAUUUUAGAUGAAGCUUUAAUUGUCAUUCAGUAAUUUAUUAGAGUUUAUUUAACUUUGAACAUGUAUUGAGAUCAUUCACGUUAUUCACGUUGUUUAGAUAGAGUACAUAAUAUAUCAUUUAAGUUCAUGAUAAUGUUAAUUCGAUUGUGAUGAAAACACAUACUGUGCCUCACUUUGUUGGAUGUUUUAAUUUUAGCACUCUGAUUUUAUCAAAUAAACCUAUUUGUUUUCGAUA